AUGGGACGUUUGCUACUGCUACUGCUUCUCUUGGUAAGCAUUGUAGAUGGAGGUGCAAGUGCUUCGUGCGUCAGUAGUCAAGCCUCCAUUCUGCUGCGUAUCAAGGAGGAUCUCCACCUAUCCAAUGGAAGGCUAAGUUCAUGGGGUGGAAAUGAGUCUGACUGCUGCUUGUGGGAGGGAGUUGAGUGUGAUUCCCACACUGGAUACAUCAUUGGCCUUGAACUUCUUGGUAAUGAUAUGGGUAUUGAGAAGAAUUGGAAGCAUGAUAUUGCAGGAUCAAGAAUACCUCCGGCUGUUUUUGAUCUCCACCUGCUCCAGUACCUUGACCUCAGUGGUUGUGACUUCAGUUUCUCUACUAUACCUUCACAACUCGCUCAGCUCACCCACUUGACUCAUCUCAAUUUAUCCAAUAAUUGGCUUUUAGGCAAGGUACCUGACAAGAUUUCAAGCUUGUCUAAUUUGGUUGCUUUAGACCUUUCCCAUAAUGGCCACUUGGAAAUACAUGAUCUGGAAGGCUUUGUCGAGAACUUUAAGCAAUUAAUAUACCUCCACUUGGAUUCUGUCAGAUUCAAUCUCAGCAACUUGCAAGAGUGGGGAGCCAACUUAGCAUCGGCAUUGCCCAAUCUACGGUCCCUUAGUUUAGCUUCUUGUGAUCUUGAAGGAAGCCUCACCCCUCAUAUUUUCAUGCUCCCACAUCUUCAAGCUCUUGAUCUAUCAUACAAUAAUUUUCAUGGUGAAUUAAUGCCAUCAUUUUUUCCCCCGGAGAGCAAGCUUCAAUCUUUAAGAAUAAAUUCGAACAACUUGUCUGGCCACCUACCAAAUGAAAUUUUUGAACUUCCUCUCUUAAAGGUUCUUGAUGUGGGGGACAACAAGUUAUUGAGGGUUUCAUUACCUACCAAAUUACCAACGAGUAAGCUCGAAAUUCUUAGAUUUAAUGGCAUUGAUUUCUUAGGAGAUCUUCCUGUUUGGAUUGUUAACCUUACAUCCUUAGUAGAGUUAAAACUUUCUUAUACUAAUUAUUUCGGUAGCCUGCCCAUCAUGAUUGGUAAUCUUGGACACCUAGUUUUAUUGGAUCUUUCUAAUACCGGUCUGUCAGGCAAUCUCCCUUUCUCAAUAGCAAAUCUCACAGCUUUAACUUACCUAUAUCUAAGACAGACUAGAUUGUCAGGUUGCAUAGACUCAUUAUUAUUUGCCAACCUCACUCGACUAACUUACCUUGACCUUUCUAAAAACAGUUUGAGUGGAUUCUUACCAUCUUUACCUCACUCUGUCGAUAGUGUCAAACUCAACAAUAAUAAUUUUAGUGGCCCGAUCCCAAAUUCAAUCAAUCUUACUAAUGUGGGAGGCUUAGACCUUUCUUACAACUCCCUUGUAGGAGCAAUUCCUCCUAGUUUAUUCCAAGAACCAUCUUUUGCACAAUCUCCACUUGAAUACCUUGACCUUUCAAACAACAAAUUUGAUGGCUACCUUGACCUUGGGAUUUUUGCAGACUUCAAAAACCUUCGCAUAUUGUCACUUUCUAGAAAUAAUUUGACUAUAGGCGUUGACAACCCCACCCUUAGUUUUCCACGUUUAGAAUAUUUGUGGUUGGCCUCUUGCAACAUCAACCAGUUCCCCCGAUUCCUUCAUUACCAUAAGUCCAUUGUUGAAUUGAACCUCUCAGAGAACAUGAUCACUGGAGAAAUUCCAAUAUGUUUAAAUGUUGAAUAUUUGAACAUAUCUCACAACAUGAUAAGAAGCGUCGGGGUUAUUCUUGACGUUCUAACUGUUGAUUUGAGCUAUAACAUGUUGAAUAGCGUCCCAAAUUCUCAGCCUUUUAACAGUUUGGGGUAUCUUUCAAUCAAGAAUAAUAGUGUGAUAGGAGAAAUACCAGCUUUCUUGUGCAACCUCACUAAACUUUGGUUGGUUGACUUCUCAAACAACAAGUUCAGCGGCCAGAUACCUACUUGCUUCUUCAACUUGGGAAUAAGGAUAGUCAAGCUCCAGAACAAUCAAUUGCAAGGACAAAUCCCAGAGCUUACUGACAACACAAGAUGUUCAUUGGAAGCACUUGAUUUAAGUGACAACAGGUUAGAAGGUCAUAUCCCUAAAUACCUUGGUCACUGUGAAGGGCUUGCGUUCAUAAAUUUGGAGAAAAAUAGAUUAAGUGGUGACUUCCCUUCAUGGCUUUCGAAGCUGCCAAAACUAAGAAUUCUUGUGUUAAGAUCCAACUUUCUAAAUGGUGCUAUUAACUUCUCUUUUGACGAGAGCGCUUUCCAAGAACUGCUCAUGCUUGACAUCUCCACCAACCAAUUUAGCGGAAGACUUCCAAUGAGCUUGUUGUUAAGUCUCAAUGCAAUGAAGACUUUCAACAUCUCCCAUGCUCCUUGGGAUGGGGCUUCCACUCUGGGUUUUGGUACAGCAUGGGAAGUGGCAAUGGAAAUCAAAGGAGCAACAUUAACUUACCAAGAUGAAGUUUUGUUCCUCAUGAACACAAUUGACCUUUCCAACAACGACUUUGAGGGUGAGAUUCUUGAAGAGAUUGGAGACCUUAAAUGGCUCCAAGCACUAAGAAUUUCGAGCAAUAAGCUUAGCGGGUCAAUUCCAAAGACCUUUGCUGGCCUCCAAAAACUAGAAUCAUUGGAUUUAUCUCAUAACCACCUUUCAGGUGAAAUACCAGAAGAACUUACUAAACUUAAUUUUCUUGAGUACCUGAAUCUGUCAUAUAACAACCUUGCUGGAAGAAUCCCUCAAUCAUCACAAUUUUUCACCUUUGAUGAUUGGAGCUUCGAAGGGAAUCCAAAUCUCUGUGGCCCUCCACUCUUGCUGCCCUGUGAAACCAAUGAGAGCACCACAUCUAUUCCUUUUCUUGUACUGAAGCAAGCAAAUGAAGAGAGAAUGUGGAAGUACACAUCGGUGGCACUAGGUUUUGGUGCAGGUUUCGGCACAACAAUAAGCUUCUCUUUUUUCCUGAAUAAUGGAAGGGGCUUCAAUAUCUUUUGGAGAAGCUGCUACUGGCCUUGGGCUUAA